AUGUAUCCGGUAUAUCUAUAUUGCCUUUUCCUGUUUUCAUUAUCAAGUAUCUAUUUGAUUACUUAUCAUCAAUAUAGUCACGAUGUUAUUUGAUGUCUAUCAUCACAAACAAUUUUAAAUAAUUUUAUAAUUGUCAACACCAAAGUCCGUCUCUUAUUUUCACAUUUUAUAUUUUAAUAAACUAUUGAAAAAUAAUGUGUUAUUUAUGUGCCAUAGUUUGGAUGUAAAAGUUGAAUUCAUAAAGUAGAGAGAUUAUUUAAAUCGUAGGAAAAAAUGUCGGGAAUUUUAAAAGGUUUUGUUUUCUUUAUCGCAUUUACGUUCUUUAAAGUUUCUGGUGUGGAUUUUACCUUUAGCAAGCAGAAAGUUUUACUAGGCAGCACAGGUACAUUAACUAUGAGAUGUGAUGUCACUGAAACAGACGUUGAUACUUUUCAUCGCAUAUGGAUAUGGAAACUUAAAUCAACAACACAUUCUAUAAUACAUUGGCAAGUAUUAGCUAAAAUGGAAUUUGGAAAAAAUGCAACUAUUUCUUUAAGUCAAGAUAUAAAAGCAGAUAGUAAAGAUUAUGUUGCUAGAGGAUCAACACCACCUGCUUACACAUAUCUUACAUUGUCAAUGAACAUAGAAAAGUUAGUUUGCGAUGAUGUUACAGCUUAUAAAUGUGAGAUGUAUUAUAAAAGUUCAACAACAGGAAGUAUUGUACAGUCUUACAAAAAUGCCACCUUCUCAGCAUAUGUAAAACCUAAUGUGACAUCAUUACUUACAAGGAAGAAUGGUUUCAUAGUACAAGGAAUAUCACCAUCAGACAUGGCCACUGCUGAGGUAGGAGAUGAGUUUGAACUAACGUGUACUGCUAAUAUAGGAAGCUUUCCAGAAACUAUUAUUCGAUGGCAUAGAACAUCUGAAACUUCACCAACCAAUGAAUUUAUUGGCUACGAACCACCUCAAGGUACUGUUGAUGAAGGCACUGCAAUUAGUGACAAUCAAUGCGGAUAUACCCGAGUGGCUUCAAUCAAGUACAACGCAACAGCAGCUGAUGCCAAAAGGGAUAACAAUCUGGCAUUCGAGUGUUAUGUUACUGUUAGUGGAGAUCCUUAUGGGUACUCUUUUACCUCUGAAAACAAUCCGAGAUUUUAUACUGACGUCAAUAACCAAAGUAGUGGAGAGACAAACCGUACUAUGAGUACAACAGAUGGAAAUGACAUAAGUAUAGCAGCAGGAGCUAUCGCCGCGAUUGUCAUUGGCUCACUAAUUGUUAGUGUUCUAAUCGGUGCGGUUUGUAUAUGGGUCGUUUUAAAAAGAAAACGGACAGUAACAGGCCUGAAGAAUCAAGAUCAACACAAGCCAACAUCAGUGUCACGAGAAACAGAAUUAAACAGAUCGUCACUCCCACCAAAUACCUAUGAACAACUUCAAAACAGACCAGAUACGGAAAACAGGAUGACUUAUGAUCUCCUAGACGGUAUUUCCGGCCUGAAGAAUCAAGAUCAACACAAGCCAACAUCAGUGUCACGAGAAACAGAAUUAAACGUUUCGUCACUCCCACCAAAUACCUAUGAACAACUUCAAAACAGACCAGAUACGGAAAACAGGAUGACUUAUGAUCUCCUAGACGCUUCAGCAAAUCCCAGCGCGGUACCAAACAGCCAAUCACAGUAUGAGAGUCUUGAACGGGAAGCAGGGGCAUCUCAAACGUAUGCAGAUCUACAACUUGGUCGAUAAAACAUAUUGGCAGAUUUGAAAGAUCUAUCUCGCUGCUUGGGUUCCUUUCAGUUAUAAAUGUUUUUGUACACAAUCUAUAACUAUCUAUGAUUUUAAGGUUUAUUCAUAAAUACAAUAAAUAUUAUGUAGG